UCCCCUUCCGACUCUUAAGCCCCUCGACCGCCCAAUUGCCCGCCGGAGCUCCUCACCACCCUCUUUCCGCUCCCAAUUGCCGCCGACUCUACCCCGGCCAUGGCCUCCCGGUCCUUUCGCGUCUCCAUGUCGCGAUGCCUGCGGACGCCCUCGUCACUCCUUCACCACCCCUCCCGCCGGCGGCACCAGUCGAGCUGGGCCGCCACCGUCAGCGCCGCCCAGACCCUCUUCAACAACGCGAAGCCCGACCCCAACGCCCCCAUCGUCGACCCAUUGCGCACUGUGGCGAAGGAGAUGAAGUUCCUCACGGGCAACAUACGGCAGCUGCUGGGCUCCGGCCACCCCGCGCUCGACACGGUGGCCAAGUACUACACGCGGUCCGAGGGCAAAUACGUGCGGCCGAUGCUGGUGCUGCUGAUGUCGCGCGCGACGGCGCUGACGCCCAAGGCGGCGCCCAGCACGCCGCUGCCGCCAAUAAACCGGCCCCUGUCGCCGGAGCAGAUCCUGGUCGACGAGAACCCCUCGGCGCCCGAGUUCACGCCGCUCACCAGCACCAGCGCCAUUGACGGGACGUACGACACCAAGGGCGGCGACGCGGACGUGCUGCCGUCGCAGCGGCGGCUGGCCGAGAUUGUGGAGCUGAUCCACACGGCGUCGCUGCUGCACGACGACGUCAUCGACCACAGCGUGGCGCGGCGGGGGGCGGCGUCGGCCAACAUCGAGUUUGGCAAUAAGAUGGCCGUGCUGGCGGGCGACUUCUUACUGGGGCGGGCGUCGGUGGCGCUGGCGCGCCUGCGCCACCCCGAAGUCACGGAGCUGAUGGCGACCGUCAUUGCGAACCUGAUCGAGGGCGAGUUCAUGCAGCUGAAGAACACGGCGCGCGACGAGGCGAACCCCGUGUGGACCGAUGAAAUCGUCUCGUACUACAUCCAGAAGACGUACCUGAAGUCGGCCAGUCUGAUCUCCAAGUCGUGCCGCUCGGCGGCGGUGCUGGGCGGCUCGUCGCCCGAGGUCAUCGAGGCGGCGUACGCGUACGGCAAGAACCUGGGCUUGGCGUUCCAGCUGGUCGACGACAUGCUCGACUACACGGUCAGCGAGGCGGAGCUGGGCAAGCCGGCGGGCGCGGACCUGGAGCUGGGGCUGGCGACGGCGCCGCUGCUGUUUGCGUGGAAGGACAACGCGGAGCUGGGCGCGCUGGUGGGGCGCAAGUUUGCGGAGCCGGGCGACGUGCAGAGGGCCCGCGCCCUCGUGGCGAGCAGCACUGGCCUCGAGCAGACGCGCGCGCUCGCGCAGCAGUACGUCGACAAUGCCAUCCAGGCCAUAUCCUUCUUCCCGCCCAGCGACGCCAAGGACGGCCUCGUGGAGAUGUGCACCAAGGUCAUGAAGCGCAGGAAGUAAAGCAAAUAAGACUCUUCUCCAUCCGUCCAUACCUCUAGCACUACCGCUACCGCUAUCGUCUAACCACCUCACUCAAACGCUUUGUGCGCCGCGCUGGGAGGAACGGGGAGGUGAUGGAGGAGGAGGAGGAGGGAGGGAGGGAGGAACGAAAAGCACCAAGGCAGUUUUCCUCCUCUUGCACGCACCGCACCCGCACAUAUCCCUAUCGUCUUCCCCCUUGACCUUCUCAUAUCCCCCCUCUCCUCGCUUUUCUUCGCCCUCCUCUCCUGCUCCUGCUCCUGCUCCUCCUCUCCCCCUCCUCCAUCCAUCCAUCCACAUCCACAUCCACGCGUCCUCGCCUCUCUUCUCCUCCUCUCUCCGUCUUCCCUUGCCUCUCUAUACCACGCAUAGUCCAUAUCUGUAUGUACAAUAUCUCUAGAGAAAGAAGAAAGCUCUAGCGGGCGGGCGGGCGGG